UAAAUAAACCUCCGUCUGAAAUGAUGGCCGCGGUGUCGGUGCGACGGUGUGUUUUGGUUUGAGUGAAGCGAAGCCGACCGCACGGUGUCCUGCCCGGGGAGUUCGUACUGGAUGACAGGGCUUCCCUCCGCUUCGCCGGUCAGAGGAGUCACAAGACCCGCGGCUGGCAGUGAAAGAGGACCAUGAUAAGAACAUGAUCAGCGCCGAUGGCUUCUCUAAAUGCGUGGCGACCCUGCGAGAGACGAGCAGGAGGAGACCACCUGCUGAGAUGCUCCAUCUGCUGUCGGCUGUCAUCGUCUGGCUGGUGACAGGCACGACCAUCUCCAGCCUCAACAAAUGGAUUUUUGCCGUGUACAACUUCAGGUACCCGCUGCUGCUGUCGGCGCUGCACAUGCUGACGGCCAUCGUGGUGGACUAUGGGUUGAUCAAACUGAGGGUGAUCCGGCACAGAGGGGCAGGAGAGCAAGAUCUGACCCCCAGCGCCAAGUGUAAGGUAUUCCUGUUGAGUCUGACGUUUUGUGCCAGCAUCGCCUUCGGGAACAUGGGUCUGAACUAUGUCCAGCUGUCAUUUGCGCAAAUGAUCUAUACUACAACCCCGCUGUUCACGCUGGCCAUCUCCACGCUCAUCUUGGGGAAGCAGCACCACAUCCUCAAGUACACCGCCAUGAUGCCCAUCUGCUUGGGGGCGUCUUUCAGCAUCAUGGGCGAGGUGCAGUUCGACCAGACCGGCUGCUUCUUUGUGUUCGCAGCGACAAUGCUGAGAGGCGUCAAGUCCAUUCAGCAGAGCAUUUUGCUUCAAGAGGAGAAGAUCAACUCCGUCUUCUUGCUCUACCUGAUGUCCAUUCCAAGCUUUUGCAUCCUGGCCGUGGCCGCUCUGGCCCUGGAGAACUGGGCCGUGCUGGAGUCGCCGCUGCACUACGAUCGCCACCUGUGGGUGUUCAUCCUGCUCAGCUGCCUGGGCUCGGUCAUGUACAAUCUGGCCAGCUGCUGCGUCAUCACGCUCACCUCGGCCGUCACCCUGCACAUCCUGGGCAACCUGAGCGUGGUGGGCAACCUGCUGCUGUCCCAGCUGCUCUUCGGCAGCGAGCUGUCCGCCCUGAGCUGCGCCGGCGCCGUGCUCACGCUGUCCGGCAUGCUCAUCUACCAGAACUCGGAGUUCAUCGUCGGCUACCUGGACGCGCGCAGAGCCAAAGCGAAAGGGUCCGGACAGGCGGAGUUUCUCGCCGCGGGCGGAGAAGACCCGGACGCAGCCAACACGCCUAGAAACACAUAUCAUCAGCAAACAUCGGAGGGGAAGCAGGAAGAUAAACUGGACUGAGGUGAAAGGAUGAUGGAGGGAUUAAACAGCUGAAAGGUGAUCAAUAAACUCGUGCUCUUUGGUGUCAUUAGGCGGGAGUGUGACCCGAUCAAGCCAACGUCACUGACGAACUUUAAGUUUCCCCACUGUGCCAAUCGAUGUCACUUCCGGUCACACCAAAUUAAGUGGACAGAAAGGAAAAAGGCUGCCUUCGUCUGAUUUAAUCCUGUCGGUUCUCUCCAUUUGUAAAUCACUCGUGUCGAAGACUCCUGGCGAUAUAUGCAUGCGUGAGCACACAGAACCGUCACUCAUACUACUCCACUGUGAAAACGUUGUGGCGUCCAGAGGGCUGAAAUCGACGUCUUGGGUGGAUAUUAUCUACUGCGGUGAGCCUCAUUCAGGAAGCGGCAGGUUUUAGAUGCACCCUGCCUCCGGUCUGCACGGGCACAAUUUAUAUUAAGAGAUAUAUUUGUGGUACUGUUAGACGGCGAUCACCCGGCCCUGUCGCGGCGAGGGGCUGGGUGUUUUUGGCAGCUUCGUUUAGUUCUUGAUGGUAUGAACAGUAGGAAGCUUCGCCUGUGCGUUGAGGCAGACGUUACAACGGUGGACAAGUCUGCAUGUCUGUGCGGUGACAUGCCUGUUACCUACUGAAGCACAUUUUUAAUACGACACCACAGCUCCUGUGUUUUAAAUUCCACGUGGCUUCCCACUCCCGAGUCCUAGAUUUUGUUCUCAUCCCAACCCGGAAUGGCGGUCUCUGGAGAGACAGUCCAGUUGUGAACCUCGCAUGCAGCGUUACCUCCAUAAUUGGGUUCACAAGUUCUCUAAGGAGUGUCACUUACUUUUAGCUUUCUAGUCCCAGGCGAAGUGACAAAGUGAAAAGGAGAUUAAGCGGCUCUUUAAGGUCUCUUCCUCACUUGUUAGGCUUUGUCCUCACCUUCUGUGAUGGUGACGUUGUUACAAAGUUGGCUCACUAGCUUGGCUUGGAAAAACAGAUUCCUGCUGGACAGUGUAUUUUUUUUUCUUGUAAGAAAAAAAUAUUUUUAUUUUAUUUAGAAAGAAAGGAAAGAAAAAAGAGAGAUUACGGUAUGUAUUUGCUGCAAAAUAUUUAUUAUGUUCCAGGCCCAAGUAGUCACUGGUGUGUAACGCCCUAGGUAUUGGUCAUUCUGGGGAAAGAUUCUAUUUUUGCGCUCAACAGCUAAACAAACGGAUCCCUGUUCUUUCAGGAGUUGUCCCCCACCCCAAAAUUAACCAGACAGUCCCUCAAAGCGUCAGACAAUAUCCAAAACUCUCCUGCUACUGUGACAAAGAAAAAGAUUUCUGAAGAGCAGAGUCGUCCCUCCAGAAAUCCUGGAUCUAACAGAGUGUUUGAGAUCUAUUUAAUCUGCUAAAUAGACUGAAAGAAGGGAGAAUUCCAGCACUUGCGAGUUGUGAGUCAGAACCUGUUUUGAAGUUUUUUUGGUUCCUCUCUCUGCAAAUAACAUGAGAUGUGGUCGUACAAAGUAUUUGGAAUAAUUUACACGAACAGAAAAGAUCGGGUAAAAACACUGCAAACAAGUCCCUCGUUGUUGUUUCUAUAUAACUUUCUUUUCACACAACAUGAGAUUCUGAUCUUAUUUGUUGAAAAGAAUAGUUUAUUCUUUUGUUAUUUUUGGGGGGGGGAGGGGGGCGUUGCAUAUUGAAAGAAUUUAGUCAAAAAAAAGUAUUUAAGAGGAACAUUUCAAAUGAUGUUAACUAUAAUAACAAUCAGAAAAUAAACUGCAAAUCCACUCGUGGCUCAGUGUAAACACUGCAGAAUGCCUGAACUCCUGCUGUCACAGAUGCACACCCUUACAUUAUAAUGGAGUUUUGUUCAUGACCAGCUACUUGUGAGGUGAUUUUAUUUUAUUAUUUUUUUUAUUUUUUUGAGUCCCAGACUGUACCUUUUAAAUUAUGGGGGGUGUUUCAUGACUUGUUCAUGUGUGGUAUGCCAAGCAUUUUCUUUAAAGACUGAUUUUUGCUUUGACUGGUUCUGUCCGUAAACAUGAUCGUUCCUCACAUACAGUUUGAGCUCUCAAACUACACAACAGUUUUGACAUUUGACAUGUUUAUCAUCGUAGUCUGCCAUAAAAUUAACUGCAAGUUCAAUUUGCUCUGUCACAUGUUUUGUUUUAAUGGUGCCAAUCACAAAAUGACCUUGUUUUUAAUCCUCAUGUCAUCUUGCUUAUCACUUCCUGGCUGACAGGAAAUGGAUAAUGUAUAUGAGGUGGUUUUGUUUUUGAAUUUAAAGUGUGCUUUUGUUGCUUUGGAUGACUUCAGCUCCACAUCGAAGAUAAUGUAAAGCAGGAAAAAAAUCAGUUUGAUCUUACUGAAUACCUCAAUUGUUAAAUGGAAUCUGUCAUGUGUGCAUUGGAAGAGGAUUGAGGUCAAUAAUACAAGGAAGGUGCUGCAUGAUUGGUUUACUUUUUCAGUUAUCAGAAUAAUCUUGUCACAGAUGUCAACAUAUUUAAAAAAAAAGCCACGCCCUUUCUUUUUUAUAGAUAUAUAUAAUCAGUUCAAUGCUACCUGUUUGCUUGUUACGUUGAGCAGAUUACAAAUCUGGAGAAAAGCAACUGUUGCACUGACUAGGUACAAAACCGCUACCUUUAAAGGUUCCUGUGUAUAUACUGGUUUUGAUUGUUUGCAAAGCUAGUGGGAUGUAAAUAGUUAUUUUAAUAUAUUUAUGUAUUUUAUAGUCAUAUAUGGCUGGUUGAAAAUUGACUGGUUUAAAGAAACAAAACAUUUGCCUCAUGCCUUAUUUGGACAUACUGUAGAUGGGGGGGGGGUUAAGGGGGGGGGGGGGGCAGAUUAUAUGGGAUGGUACUUUGAAAGCUGCAGGUGCUUUUGUUCAGGGGAAAAGAUGUGGAUAACUCACUGUUACAUGACCUGCAGUUGCUUGAAACCAACAUCCUGACACAAUAAACUAACAAAACUGAACACCUCA